CGGUCCUCGUCUGACCCCUAAAGGCAAGAUUGAACGGAUUCAAAGUAAAACUCUUGCAGAAGUGGCCACCUGACAGGCAAAUCAAGAGUCUUCCGCAUCUACUUGCACUUAAAGGUCUAGUUCAUUUUCACUCCUGCGCUGCCUCUUUAAGUCGACAUCAUCCCCUCCAAGUUUCUUCUCUUCUCCCCCACACCAACAAACCCACCAAAAACUUAAAACAACAACCGGACACACGACAGGACUCGCUCCAAAUCCCCCUCAAGACAGAGAACUACCCCCGCCCAUUUCAUACGACAGCAUUAAUCAAUAGCCAUGGCACCACACGCUGACGGCGCCGUCGAUGCCAAUAGCAGCGCUCUCAAGCCUACUGCCCCAGCAUUCCAGCCAAAGUCCAGGUACCAUGCCACCUCCACAGCCGCUGCGAUCGAGGCCGAACAUGAAUACGCUGCACACAACUACCACCCCCUUCCCAUCGUCUUUGCCCGCGCCCAAGGUGCUAAUGUUUGGGAUCCCGAGGGAAAGCAUUACAUAGACUUCCUCUCUGCCUACAGCGCUGUCAAUCAAGGCCAUUGCCAUCCGGAGCUCGUGAAAGCUUUAUGCACACAGGCGCAACGGCUUACCCUCUCCUCCCGCGCUUUCCAUAACGAUGUCUUCCCAAAGUGGGCUGAGAAAGUCAGGGAGGUUUUCGGCUAUGACAUGGUUUUGCCCAUGAACACUGGUGCCGAGGCAGUCGAGACGGCCAUCAAGAUUGCCAGGAAGUGGGCAUACAAGGUGAAGGGUGUCCCACAAGGCAAGGCUUUGGUCUUUGGUGCUGCCGAAAAUUUCCACGGAAGAACUGUCACUGCGAUCUCCCUGUCCACCGAUCCUGAAUCCCGCGAUAACUACGGCCCCUACGUUCCUGGUAUCAGCGCCAUAUCCCCAUCGACGAACCAGCCGAUCCGCUAUAAUAACAUUGCCGACCUCGAGGAAGUCCUGGAAGCACAUGGGAAAGAGACCGCAGCCUUCAUCGUUGAGCCGAUUCAAGGCGAGGCCGGCGUGGUGGUCCCAGCAGACGACUACCUGACGAAAGUACACGAGCUGUGCAAGAAACACAAUGUUCUCUUGAUCUGUGAUGAAAUUCAGACUGGUAUUGGACGAACAGGUCGCAUGUUGUGCUCAGAAUGGGCAAACAUCAAACCCGACAUGGUUACUCUCGGCAAGGCUAUCUCAGGGGGCAUGUACCCCGUCUCAUGUGUGCUUAGUUCGAAAGAAGUAAUGCUCACCGUUGAGCCUGGAACUCAUGGUUCGACAUACGGAGGCAAUCCUCUCGGCUGUGCAGUCUCUAUCCGCGCGCUCGAAAUCAUGGAAGAGGAGAACCUCACCGCGCGCGCCGAGUCGCUGGGCCAGAUACUGCGUCAGGGCCUCGCUGACCUGAAGGCACCUAUGAUCAAGCUCAUCCGAGGCAAAGGUCUCCUGAACGCUAUCGUGAUCGACGAGUCAAAGACAGGCGGCCAUUCUGCGUGGGAUCUAUGCAUGCUGAUGAAGAGCAAGGGUUUACUGGUAGGGCGAUGCGUGCACGGAGGUAUCAAGGAAUGAAUGCUAACACUGUUGAUUACCAGGCUAAACCUACUCAUGAGAACAUCAUUCGGCUGGCACCGCCAUUGGUGAUUAGCGAGGAAGAGAUUCGGAAUUCAUUGAAGAUCAUUAGCGACGCGGUCAAAGAAUUGCCCAGCUUGAAGGGCAAAGUAGAGGCUUAGGCCAUUCACGAUACGGAGAAGGGCGUUUCAUAUUGGACUGGAGAUUUGAAGGAAUACCCUCGAGCGGGGUCAUCUGGGGACAAGCGAAUUGGAACCGUGGG